AUGGCUUCCCAGCCGCCAUGGGGCCGCAGCUUCGCAAAAGCCGCGGAUGAGCGCGGGAAGACAGCGCCCCGGAGGGGGGGCAUGCAGCCACCCUUGUUCCCCGGCGGCGGCGGCGGCGCGUACUGGUCCGGCAGUCUCCCUUGGUUGACCGUGAUCAAGGCCUGUGGCCGCUUUAAGAUGUCAAUCUCGGAGACGCGCCGAGCCCGGCGGCUGGACUCCCUCAACCCCUUGGCCGUGACCUUGGACGUGCCACUGCCCAAGAAGCGCCUGAUGCCCAAGAAGACGUUCUGGGGCGACCAGGAGCCCCUCUCCAAGAUCCCAUUUAAGAUUAUGAGGGGACACAAGCACAUCGUGAGCUCCUGUCACUUCUGCGUGGAUGACACAAAGCUUCUCAGCGGCUCCUAUGACUGCACCGUGAAGCUGUGGGAUGCUAUGGACGGAUCUGUCGUGCAGGAUUUCAAGCCCAGUCCCGAAGGACCUGUGUUAGAGUGCAGCGUCACGGCUGACAGCAGAAGAAUUGUUGCAGCAUCCUAUGACAAAACCGUGAAGGCUUGGGACCUUGAAACAGGCAAGCUGCUGUGGGAGAUCAGUCACGAAACCUUCAUAGCCUCCUGUAAGUUUUCUCCUGAUGGUAAAUAUGUGGUCUCAGGCUUGGAUGUGGACUGCGGAAUCUGUAUAACAGAUGCGAAAAAUGCCACCACUGUGUCACACAUCAAAGAUCAUCAUGAAAGGUCGGUCAUGGCCUGCUGCUUCGACCCCGACAGCCAGAAGGUGGCUUCGGUCUCGCUGGACAGGAGCAUUAAGAUCUGGGAUGUUACGUCCCAGGCCACACUGCUCACCAUCACCAAGGCGCAUGCCAACGCCAUCUCAAACUGCUGUUUUACCUUCAGUGGCCAUUUCCUGUGCACAAGCUCUUGGGAUAAAACCUUAAAAAUAUGGAACGUCCAUACAGGGGAGUUUCGAAACCAGGGAGCCUGUGUGACUCUGAUGCGGGGCCACGAAGGCUGCGUGAGCUCCUGCCACUUUGCCAGAGACACCUCUAUUCUCGUGUCUGGAGGGUUCGACAGGACUGUGGCUGUUUGGGAUGUAGGAGAAGGCUACCGGAAGCUCUCCUUGAAGGGCCAUAAUGACUGGGUGAUGGAUGUCGCCAUCAGCAGCAACAAGAAAUGGAUCCUGUCUGCUUCAAAGGACAGGACCAUGAGACUAUGGAACAUCGAAGACAUUGAUGAAAUUCCUUUGGUAAUGGAGUGCAAAAAGACCUUGGGCAUAAAGGUGAAACAGUGCGAAGGAUGUGACAGGCCUUUCUCCAUCUACGAAAGUGACAUCUUUUCUGAAACAGUCACCCAAUGCGUGUUCUGCCGGAUGGAGGCAAAAGACUUGGCAGAGGCCUCAUUGUCAUCGGAAAGGGUGGGCUCACUGGCAAGUGAGUGCAGCCUGGACAAGGAGGACCAUGGCCACUGAGCCCUUCGAGUGACUUGAGCACAGGCCACCUGUCAUGGAGGUUUUGGGGCUCUGCAGGGACCUUUCUCUCACCCCUCCCUGGCCAGGUGGGCCUGUUGGACUGAGGCAGGGGCCCAGCCCUGGCUGGGCUCCCAACA